GGAUUAAAACUUUUUACAUUUUUUAUGGCUGGCGCAUGCGGCGGCGAACACUUGGAUGAAUUUCAACGGCGUUCAAGCACAACCGUCGUCAUUAACCGAGAAAAUCCCAUUAGGCGCCAUAUUUGAACAAGGCACUGAUGAGGUGCAAUCAGCGUUUAAAUACGCAAUGCUCAAUCACAAUCUCAACGUAUCGUCACGCCGAUUCGAGCUGCAAGCGUACGUGGAUGUCAUCAACACAGCAGAUGCAUUUAAAUUGUCGCGCUUAACAAUACAUUUCAAAUGCCAUUCGUGA